GGCAGGUGGGCGGGGCGAAGUGGGUGAUAUACAGCCCUGAGAGACCAGAGACCUGACCUCAGGUUCUGCCCGCCUCUCCGCAGGCAUCUCGGCAUGGAGCGCACCGUGGUGCUCAUCACCGGCUGCUCCUCCGGCAUCGGCCUGCACCUGGCUGUACGUCUGGCGUCAGACCCAUCUGGGAGCUUCAAAGUGUACGCCACGCUGAGGGACCUGGGGGCGCAGGGUCCGCUGUGGGAAGCUGCCCGUGCCCGGGGAUGCCCUCCCGACUCCCUGCAGAUAUUGCAGCUGGAUGUGACGGACUCAGAUUCUGUAGCUGCUGCCCGGGCAUGCGUGUCGGAGGGCCGUGUGGAUGUGCUGGUGUGUAAUGCAGGCCGGGGCAUCCUCGGGCCUCUGGAGGCGCACGCAGCGGGAGCUGUGGACUCCGUGCUGGAUGUGAACUUGGCCGGGACCGUGCGGACGCUGCAGGCUUUCCUGCCAGACAUGAAGCGGCGCCGCUCUGGACGCGUGUUAGUGACCGGGAGUGUGGGAGGCUUGAUGGGGCUGCCCUUCAACGCCGUUUACUGCGCCAGCAAGUUUGCGCUCGAAGGUUUAUGUGAGAGUUUGGCGGUUCUGCUACCGCACUUCGGGGUCCACUUGAGCCUCAUCGAGUGCGGCCCGGUGGUGCACACCGCUUUCCUGGAGAAGCUGGAGGGCGGCCCCGGCGGAACGCUGGACGGCGUGGACGCCGAGACCCGCCACCUCUUCUCGCGCUACCAGAGGCCCCGCGAG